AUGCGCACCUUUAUCGUGUUAUGUCUUGUGGCUGGUGCUUUGGCCCAAUAUAAUUAUCAGGCUGGAAGUGAUGGUGUGGGAGCCGCAUCUAACGAUGCACCAUUCUUUGAUGUUCUUAAAGUUCCAGAUACUGAUGGUGGCUUAAGUGCGGGUGGUCCUUCAUUUGAUGCUUCAGCUCCACAAUAUAGCGGCAACCAAGGAUCAUUUAGUUCCACCUCAAAUGUAGCCCCCGUCCAGAGUGGCAUUGAAAAGGAAUUCUAUACCUUUAGUGCCAAUGAUGCCGACUUCACGGAACCCGCCAGCUCCAAUCAAUACGCCAAUGUUGUUAAACAAGGACUGCGUGUCAUCUUCAUCAAGGGUCCCGAAAAUAAUGGCUUGGAAGAUGCUGCCCUCGCCUUAGCCAAACAUGCUGCCGAACAACAAACCGCCAUCUAUGUCCUUACCAAACAAGCUGAUCUUUCAGAUUUGGCCAACAAAUUGAACACUUUGAACAGCAAUAUCAAUCACAAACCUGAGGUUCACUUUGUCAAAUACCGUACACCUGAAGAUGCCGCCAAUGCACAAAGAGCCAUCCAAGAUCAAUACAACUCCUUGGGUGGAAGCAGUCAACAUUUCGAUGGUGGUGUAGCUCCAUCGCUGAACUUUGCUUCUCAAGCUCCUGUUGCUGCUGCUCCUGCUGUGGCUGCCUCAAGCCCUGCAACCAGCGCUACAUACCUGCCAGCUUCCAUUUUCCGUCGUUUCCGUUUGUAAACGAUGUGUUUGAAAUAUGGAAGUGAUUUUGA